UUUGCGGGCAACCAGGCCUGCUACUAAUCCAUCUCCGCCAGUGCUGUGGCCAGGACGGGACGGGACACCAUCGUUCCCUCAUAUCUAUGUGGUGAAGGCACGAGGACGAAUCUCCAUGAAACGCCCGGUGCAGAGCGAGAGUGGCAUCGAGGGAAGUAGCAGCGACUUCGAAGCCAAGUCCCCGCGUGGAGUGGUGGACGCCGCCGUGGGGACUGUUGCUGGUUCCGCGGAGGAAAUCGGCAGUGCUAGCAAUACUAGCACCAUCGACAGCACGAGCGCGCCGUCCCCGUCUUUCCCGCGCGUGGUGGAAGUCGUGGCCUUCGCGGAGCCUGUGCCGCGCUGCGACGUGCCCGGCAUGCGCCUGCAGCUGCCCACGGCCUCAGACCCGCCGGAGCGGUCCAUGGCUCUCGAGAGGUUGUCGCGAUGCGAGCUGGUGGACGCAGUUAAGAGGCUCGAGUCGGACCAUGAGAACUACAAACGCGAAGUGGCGUUCCAGAAGGACCUGCUGGCGUCGGUGGGGCAGGCCGUCAUCUGCACCGACCUCACUGGCACCAUCACCUACUGGAACAAGGCGGCGGAGAUGAUGUACGGGUGGCGCGAGGGCGAGGCGGUGGGGCGCGCGAUAAUGGACGUGACGCCCGCGGACACCACGGUGCAGCAGGCGGAGGAGAUCUUCGGCGCGCUGAGCAAGGGGGAGGUGUGGACCGGCGAGUUCCUCGUCAGGCGUAGAGACGGCUCGCCCUUCCCCGCCAUGGUAACGGACACGCCGAUCCUGGACCCGGCGGGGCAGCUGGUGGGGGUGAUCGGCGUGUCGGCGGACAUUAGCGACCUCAAGCGCAAGGAGGGCGAGAUCCGCGCGCUCAACGCGGCGCUGGAGGAGCGCGUGGUGGAGCGCACGGAGCAGCUGCAGCGCAGCAACGAGGCGCUGAGGCGCGAGAUCGAGGAGCACCUGCGCGCCAGGGAGCACCUGCAGCGGUGCAUCGAGGACUUGGAGCAAUCGCGCAGCCGCAUCUCGCAGCAGUCGGCGGUGCUGGAGCGCAUGGUGGCGGAGCUGCGCGACGCGCGGACAGAGGCGGAGUCCGCCAACCGCCUCAAGUCGCAGUUUCUGGCGUCCAUGAGUCACGAGAUCCGCACCCCCAUGAACGGCGUGCUGGGCAUGACGCGGCUGCUGCUGUCGACGGCGCUGUCGGAGGAGCAGCAGGGGUUCGUGGAGACGAUUCGCAGCAGCGGCGACGCGCUGCUGGCCAUCAUCAACGACAUCCUGGACCUCAGCAAGAUCGAGGCGGGCGAGCUCGAGAUGGAGCACCGCGACUUCGACGUCACCGCGUGCGUCGAGGACAGCGUCAACCUGCUCGCGGUGCGCGCCAUGGAGAAGGGCAUUGAGCUGGUGAGCUACGUGGACGACAGCGUGCCGCGCGUGGUGAAGAGUGACGCCACGCGCCUCAGACAGGUGCUGGUGAACAUACUUUCCAACGCCACCAAGUUCACAAAGCGCGGCGAGGUGGAGGUGACGGUCACAGCCGAGUGCCUGGGCGCCUGCACACGCGGCCACGAGGGGGCUGCUGCCUGCAGAGGCGGCGAGGGGGAGGUGCUUGGGCGAGGGGCCCCGGCGGCACAUGCAGCAGAUGCUGGAGGUGCUUGUGCGGAGACGAUGCUUUCCGAUCUGAAGGCGAGUGCCAUGGAUGCAGGCACUUUUGAUACAGUCACACCACAAGUGGAGGGGCCACUCGAUUCAUCAAACCCCGAGCCCAAGCAAGGAAGCGCUGCUGCGCUGCACUCGAGCCAGCGCUCAGACAGCCGCAUCAAUGGCAGCAGGGGCAGUGCCAGCCACAGCAGCGGCAGCAGCGGCAGGCAGGCGCCCAAGGAGGCGAGCGGCAGCAGCGGCGGGUGGGGCGGCAGGCGCCUGAGGCAGACGGGGCGCAGCCUGGGGGGGGAGGGCGAGCUGGAGCAGGCGCUAUCUGCCGGGUACCAGUGGCACCGCAUCCACGUGCGCGUGCGCGACACGGGCAUCGGCAUCUGCACGGGGCGGCGCGACCGGCUGUUCAAGCCGUUCUCGCAGGUGGACGCGUCCACAACGCGGCAGUACGGCGGCACGGGGCUGGGGCUGGCUAUCUCGCAGCAGCUGGUGGAGCUCAUGGGCGGGCGCAUCUGGGCCGACAGCUUGGGGCUGGGCCUCGGGUCCACCUUCUCCUUCUACAUCACUGCGCUCGCACUGCCCUACUGCCCGCCCUGCAGUGGGUAUGUGGAGCGCGUGCUGGAUGUCGCCUCCCCCUGUGCCAUGCCCCUGGAUGGGUGCGGCUUGGCCCUGCCUGCUGCAGGGGGGGUGGCAGGGGCAGUGGGGGAAGGGAGUGGGGGGGUGGCAGGGAGGGGGGUGCAGGUACAGGUGGUGAGGGAGGAGGGAGAGCGGGAGACGCGGGGCUGUUGUGAAGGACAGGAGGUUGAGGCAAGCGGGGUGAGGGAGGGCGGGGAUGCAGGACACAGAGACAGUGAGGAAGAGGAAGCUCUUGGAGUCGGAGAGGACGCGGAUGAAGUGGCGGCCACGGCCUUCAGGCUGCUGUUCGGCCGCGCUGCCACCACCUCCACCAUCAUUACCACCACCACCCCCACCACCACCGACACUGCCACCAAUGCUGCCAGCAGCGGCAGCACGGGCGGGGAGCAGCGCGGGAGUGGCUCCAGCAGCGCCCUCCCCGCGCGGCGCUUCUUCCGCAGUGCAUCGCUGCCGACCCGCCCGCUGGACUCGGGCAAGCGGCGCCGCGUGGCGGCCGCAGGGGCGGAGGGCAGGGGGGAGGAAGGAGAGAGGCGAGGGUGUUGGGGGCUGGUUGGCGGGAGAGAGCGGGCACGGGGCGAUGGGUGCGUGGGCGAGCUGGCGAUGAAUCUGAGGCGGGUCGCCCUGGCCGGGCACGAUGUCUCGAGGACGCUGCAGCAGGACGGGCGUGCAGCGACACAUGCACAGGGCUGCGCUGUGACACAUGCACAGGGGCAUGGAGGCAACUCACGCGCGCACAUGCCAUCACCCGCAGAUGCCGCAGCCUUGGUACCAGAUCAGAGCGAGCAGCAGGAGCAGGAGCAGGAGCAGGAGCAGGGAAUGGCAUGUGAGUCCCUGCCACCCCGCCUGUCCUUGGACCCCUCCUCAGCUCCAAGGCGCAGCACCACUGCUGCACACAACCCCAAUGCCCAUGCCCACUUCAAUGCCCAUGGCGAUGCUGAUGGCCCCGCCACAGAGAGCCCCUCGCAACAGCCACACACAGCAGCGGCCCUGCCGCCUUCUCUGCUUCCACACAACGAUUGGUGCGUGGCAGGCUGGCCAGCGGACGGCAGACAGCUGGCAUCGCAGCCGGCAUGGGUGGCAGCAUGGCACAAGACCGCCACCCGGUGCUGCGGGUUGCAGGCGCUGGUGGUGGUGGCGCAUGCAGUGACACGUGGCAUGCUGACGAGGCACCUGGUGGGGCUGGGGAUGCGGGUGAGCGCGGCUGCAGGGGGGGAUGCGGCUGAUGCGCUGCUGCUGGGGGGCGUUGGGAGAGGGGGGGGAGAUCAGGGGGGCAGCGUGAAGGGGCGUGUGGGGAGUGGGGAGCGGGGAGCAGGGGAGGUGGGGAGAGGCAUGUGGGGCAGCCAGGCGUGCGGGGUAGAGGCGGAUGGGCGGAUGAACGAGUUGGGUUUGCCUGGCGCUCGCACAGAAGGGGGGUUGGAGGCAGUGGCAGCGAGGAUGGCGGGGGCAGGGCAGCGCCAGCACAGCUGGGAUGGCCAGGGGGGGGACGGGAUGGGGGGGAGGGAGAGGAUAGGUGGCUGCAGGGGCGGAGUGGGGGAGAUGAAGGGGGAAGAAGAGGAUGAGAGGGAGAGCGAGGGGGAGGGGGAGCAGCAGGGGUGCGGAUGUGAGGGGCCGUGUGGCGGAUUCGAUUUGAUUGUGGUGGACUCCCGGCUCCAAUGGCUACCGCCGGCCUCCAUGGCACUGAAGCACGGCAGCAGCGGGCGGGGCACCAAGCUCAUUCUGCUCACGCCGUACUGCGGCAACGUGCAUGUGCGCACUCACUCACACUCGCCUCCCCUUGCCUGCCUGCUCCUUCUCCCCACGUGUCCUUGCUGGCUGCUGCCAUUGCCCAACCCUGCACGUACUCAACCCUUUUCUCCUUCACCACUGUGCGCCUCUCUAUCCUCGCUCCCCUCUACGGCCUCAUCCCUUGUCAUCCCGUCUGUCACCCUCCCAUCUCGUAAUCCCUCUCCCCUUUGUUCUCUCCCCCCUCCUCUCCUCUCCCCCCACCACCCUGCUCCCCACCAGCCCCCCCAGCUGCCAGGCAUGUGCGUGGCGGCUCUCCCCCGCCCCGUGCGCCAAAUCGCGCUCAACCGCCUCCUCGCCUCGCUCUUCCACCCCCACAACCCCGCCGCUCCCAUCCACCCGGAUCCUCCUGCCAACCCUGCCUCCGAGCCUGCUGCCAAGCCUGCUGCUGAGCUUACCCCGGUGGUUGAGAGAGUACGGCAAGGGGAGCAGUGCAGUGGGAGCAGUGGGGGAGGGGGGGAGGGAGAGGAGGGGGGCGAGGAAGAACAAGAGAGUGUGGGAGGUGGCGGAGGUGGGGAGGGGGAGGGGGAAGAGGAGGGAGAGGGGGGUGGGCGGUGCUGUGGGGAUGGCGGUGCGGGCAGGCGUGGGGAUGGGAGAGAGGCGUGGGCGGGGAGGGGAGGAGAGCAGGCACCUGCAGCGCAGGGAGGGGCGAGUGGCGCAGUGGGAGGAGGGGCGAGUGGCGCAGUGAGAGGAGGGGCGCACGGAGCAGCGAGGGGGAGGGCGGAGCGAGCGGGGUUCAGAGUGGGGCUGGCGGAGGCGCACCCCCUCAGAAUACUUCUUGCGGAGGACAACACGGUGAAUCAGAAGGUGGCGACGAAGAUGCUGGCGCGCAUGGGGUAUGAGUGUGCCGUGGCCAGAAACGGGCAGGAGGCCAUCGACCGCCUGCAGGCUGAUGCCUUCGACCUCGUGCUCAUGGACGUGCAGAUGCCAGUGCUGGACGGCAUCGAGGCCACGCGCCGCAUCGCGUCCCUGUGGCCGCGCUGGCAGCACGCAUCCCCCCGCCCGGCCAUCUUCGCGCUGACGGCGAACGUGCUGGAGACGGACCGUGUGCGGUGCGUGGAGGCGGGGAUGGACGGGUUCAUCGCCAAGCCCUUCCAUGUGCUCGACCUCGUCUCCGCCGUUGAGCUCUGCAGCCACAGACGCCAGCAGCUGCAGCAGCAGUGGGGAGUGGGGGCAGCGCCAGCAUCAGUGUCAGCAGCAGCAGCAGAAGCAGCAGCAGCCAUGGGCAGUGGUGAGCAUGGGUUGGCCCCCCUAACCCCGCCUUCCACUCACGCCUGAACGGAGCAGCGCCGGCCAGAUCCCGUGGUCAGCAAUGCAUGCUGGCCGUCCCGGGAAUGGAGACGGGCAGGGCGGCUUCAAGGGCGCGCCCAUCCAUGUGCGCCACCUGGCAGAGGCCCAUCCAUGUGCGCCACCUGGCAGAGGCCCAUCCAUGUGCGCCACCUGGCAGUGGCCCAUCCAUGUGCGCCACCUUGCAGAGGCCCAUCGAACUCUGCAGCUGCAGACGCCAGCAGCAGCAGCAGCAGCAGGGAGGAGGGAUGGCAGGAGAUGCACCAGCAGCACCAGCAGCACCACUGGCAGCACCACUGGCAGCACCACUGGCAGCAACGACAGCCGCAGCAGCAGGUGCAUGCAGCCGUGGCAUGCACCAUGGGUUGACCUGCAACUUGGGCCCGCUGCUCAUGUAAAUUAAAGCCCUCCACUCACGCCUGAGUGGAAGAGGCGCUUCUGAAGCUCGCCGCUUGGACGCCUUGGCUGGGUCUUGUUGAAAUGAAGGUCGUGUUUGGGGAGGGCUCACCUGUCCCAUGGUUUAGGGUACACGACACGACACGACACGUGAUUUGUCAUACUAGUGCAGUGCUCGUUUGUUUUGGUUUGGAUUCUAAAUUAUCCGCUGCCUUGGCGCUGGCUUGCUACCCAUGGAUUGGGCCUCGUUGAGAAGGCUUGACUGCAAGCGUCGAAGC